AUGGCUCAUAACACUUCAACUACUACCUCCCUUGAGUACCCACGAGGUUUCGACUUCGACGUAACCGACGACGGCUCCCCUCCCUAUACAACCUUGCUUCAACUAUAUUGGAAGAUUACCGACUUGGACGACUGCAUGUCAAAGACUAUGCGUCGUAACGAGCGGCUCGUAGCAGAAAAUGAUCAUUUGGAGCAACUUAACGCUGAAUUGACCCAACAGAUCCAACAUCUAAGGGGUGCAAAUACCUUGUCGUCCAACUUAACUGGCGCCAAUCUCAGCUAUCCCAUGACACCGCCGGACUCCCAAUGUCCAACAGAAGUGCUGUCAGACGGAUCUUCCAACGACGGAUACUCGUGCUACCAAGAAGACUGUGAUCGAAUCUUCAAGAACAUAUGGGCGCGGCUUCAGCACUACGAUAUUGCCCAUAAAGGGGUCAACACUUGCACCCUAUGCAGCUUCGAAGCCCCCCUUGAUGCCAGUCGGGAUGAAGUUUCACAAACACCUAGGUAUCAUUGGAUCAACUACCAUUGCGGUCUCCAAACUGCUGUACCUGAGAUUUGGCCAUAUUAUCGAACUUGCGGCAGUUGGGUCGAUAAUGACGAUGAUAUUGUCGAUGGAAAGCACUUUUGCGUGAAAGGAUCUCCCAUAACCCUCGAUCGUGCCCAAGGCAACGUGGAUAUGCUUUUACAAGCUCCGGAUUUGGUGAAAGCCUGGCUAGAACUAGUCCCGGAGCCUCAUACAAUGACGGAAACUCCCUUCAACUAA